AUGCGGUUUGUUUCUGCGCUGCUGGCCGUUGCGCUUGGUAUCAGUGCUUCUCCGUUGACACCGCCACUUCAGUAUAUCGACAUGGCGUUGACAAAUGCCAAUGGCGAAUCCAAGGGUGGUGUAAACCCGGAGCUACCCUAUGACCAGGCAGUUCUGCGGCAAGCACUGGCCUCUGUCAGAGCUGCCCAGCUUCCUCCGACUCGAUACAAGGCGUUAUUGCGGCAGUACUGGAUCGUCAAUGCCACUUUAGAUGCCAACAUUUCUCUAGAGGCCUGGGACCCCUGGCGGACAGCAAAGCAGAACCAGCAUGUCAUUUUUGGCGUCUACGAUUACUACGCCAAGCUCUACCUCGCACACCCUGCGCAGCUACGCUGGAUGGCGUUUGCCAACAUGGCGGGCUCCGCAUUCGCGGCCGGUAUGCUCGAUCUGGGCGAGUUGCCAGGAGGGCGAUGGUAUGCGUCAAUGCUGAUGGCGAUGCAGAAGCACAUCUUCAUGGACAUUGCCACCAUGCAUGUGGCGUACGUGAACGGCGGCCUGGCGGCAGUGGACGAGAUGCGUGAUGCCGGACUGAUUGAUGCUGAGACGGCGGCGGCAUGGGCUGACCCGCCCAGUGCGGUGCUGCGAUUAUCCUACCGCGAGGAGAAUCUGGUAGUUCCGGAGCAAUGGAACCGCGUACGCGAGCUUGCGCCGCCUUUGGGCGAACUCAUCACCUACGGUAUGACCGUAGCCGGUCCGAUGCCGGUGCCUGGCGCCAAAACACCGGCCGAGUAUAAGAAGCUGCUGUGCGGGCCACUGCCUGCAUUUAAUUAUGCAGACCAGCAUGCGCGUUGGGAUUUUCUCGCCCACGACACGGUGCCGGCCUAUCUGCGGCUCGAUUCGGCAACUGUCAGGAGCAUUGUGAGCGAGUCGUUGGAAGGACGGGUCAGCAAGUAUCGGACCGCGCACCGGCUCGUGGAUAUUGUGCUUGCGCUGUUCAAGGCGCCAGAAUGCUACCUUUGA